UAACGGUAACUAACCCUAACGGUAACUAACCCCAACGGUAACUAACCCUAACGGUAACUAACCCUAACGGUAACUAACCCCAACGGUAACUAACCCUAACGGUAACUAACCCUAACGGUAACUAACCCUAACGGUAACUAACCCUAACGGUAACUAACCCUAAUGGUUACUAACCCUAACGGUAACUAACCCUAACAGUAACAGUAGUGUAUCAUUAUCAGUAAGAUUACUUCUCUUCCUGCUCCUCAGGACACAGUGGGCACGCCGGAGGAGCUGUUGAAACACACAACCAACAUUAGUGAGCUCAAGAGAUCGUUCCUGGAGACGGGCGCCGACUCGGCUGGCCUUACCGAAUGGGAGAAGAGGCUGUCAUCGUCCCCCCUGCGCUCGCCGCGCCUCGACGAGGCCCCCAUGAUCGAACCCCUGGAACUUGACGAGAGCCAAGAGGGUGAGGGAGAGGAUGAGAGAGAGAGAGCCAUGGCUGCAGGCGGUAGCGUUGAGGAGGACAUCACGCACAGCCCUGUGGAUACUAACACUACUGUGGACUCUGACGGGUGGGUAAUAGUAAGCAAAGUCCCUCCUAAGGUAGCCGAAAAGAGAAACAUGGUCAACUAUAAAGUUAUGGCUGUCGAUAACACUGUGGCUGAAGGAGCGUUCGGUGGCGCCAGUGGUGUCGUUGUCAUCAAGGAGUUUGGCAAACCAUACGAGAGCUUCAGCAGUGAACUAGCGUCCAAGGCCGAGGAGAUGGAGGAGAAGACCUACACCCUGGGCAAAUCCUACGACACCAUGUCAGGCAAGAUCGUCACCAUGACGACGCAGGCCAAAGAUGGUGGGGAGGCAGCGGUAGCCGUUCCUGCGGUGUUCGCCAGGGAGCUGAAGAGGGCAGCAGACCAAUCCACCACCACUGUGAAGAUCAUCCCGGUGUCGACUGAGUACGAGAUGCCAGUGUCGGUCCACUUGAGUCUCCCGCCCAUAGAGGGAAUCGGACCCCCAAUGAUCACCAUCCAGGAGGCAAGGACCCCCUCUCCAUCUGAGGGAAUGGGACCCUCCAUGAUCACCAUCCAGGAGGCAAGGACCCCCUCUCCAUCUGAGGGAAUGGGACCCUCCAUGAUCACCAUCCAGGAGGCCAGGACCCCCUCUCCAUCCGAGCCCAGCGACGGUGGCCUGGGCGCCAUGCGGACCGUAGUGUCCAUCCGAUCCAGCCAGGACAUCAGUGAUGCUGCGAGAGCUGACAGCAGGAAGCAGCUACGGGAGACUUUUCUUCUGGGAGACAGGAGCACCACCCCUGUUGCGCCUCACACACCCCUCUCUCCACGGUCCCCAAUGGCCAAGUCCCCAAUGGCCAAGUCCCCAAUGAAGAUGCCCAAGCCUCAAAUGGUCGAUCUGCGUCUGAGCCCCAGCCCUGUGUCCUAUCUUUCCAGAACCCCAUCGCCCUCCAAAGUGCCAAAGCCGACCUUUGAGGAGAUGUCCCCGGAGCUCACCGCUCUCUUACAGUCGGCCAGAGAUCAGACCAGCACGCGGGUCUGGACUGCUUCGCCUGCCUUUAGUCAGACCGUGUUUAAGGUGGCCUCUUAUACCAUAUAGAUAAUAUACAACUCAACAAACGUGAUGACAGCAGUUGUAGUGCAUGCAUAUCUGAGUUGUUAAAAUUAUUUUUUUAACCUUUUAUACAGGUUAUCAUUGAGAUCACAUCUCUUUUGCAAAAUACCUGUUCAGUAUCUGUACUGUUUGUCACUGUUGUGUUUGUUGUUGAGGAAAUGUUGUCACUGAAGCCACUGUGUUGUCUGUCAGGCUUUUCUGUCCCCUGUCCGUCCGUCCUUCCUGCCGGCCAUUAAAACAGUGGACAGGUUUAUGAGGAAUAUUUUGUCAAGACAGAGGCACCACAUGGUCCUGGAGCCUUAUUGAGGAGGAAAGGUUUGUCUAGACAGAGGCACCACAUGGUCCUGGAGCCUUAUUGAGGAGGAAUGUUUUGUCUAAACAGAGGCACCACAUGGUCCUGGAGCCUUAUUGAGGAGGAAAGGUUUGUCUAGACAGAGGCACCACAUGGUCCUGGAGCCUUAUUGAGGAGGAAAGGUUUGUCUAGACAGAGGCACCACAUGGUCCUUGGGCCUUGUUGAGGAGGAAUGUUUUGUCUAGACAGAGGCACCACAUGGUCCUGGGUCCUUAUUGAGGAGGAAUGUUUUUUCUAGACAGAGGCACCACAUGGUCCUUGGGCCUUAUUGAGGAGGAAUGUUUUUUCUAGACAGAGGCACCACAUGGUCCUUGGGCCUUAUUGAGGAGGAAUGUUUUGUCUAAACAGAGGCACCACAUGGUCCUGGGGCCUUGUUGAGGAGGAAUUUUUUGUCUAGACAGAGGCACCACAUGGUCCUGGGGCCUUGUUAAGGAGGAAUGUUUUGUCUAGACAGAGGCACCACAUGGUCCUGGAGCCUUAUUGAGGAGGAAUGUUUUGUCUAGACAGAGGCACCACAUGGUCCUUGGGCCUUGUUGAGGAGGAAUGUUUUGUCUAGACAGAGGCACCACAUGGUCCUGGGGCCUUAUUGAGGAGGAAUGUUUUGUCUAGACAGAGGCACCACAUGGUCCUUGGGCCUUGUUGAGGAGGAAUGUUUUGUCUAGACAGAGGCACCACAUGGUCCUGGGGCCUUAUUGAGGAGGAAUGUUUUGUCUCGACAGAGGCACCACAUGGUCCUGGGGCCUUGUUGAGGAGGAAUGUUUUGUCUAGACAGAGGCACCACAUGGU